CACGAAGUUUGUGAUGUAUUCAAUUUCAUUUGGCGGUGGAGCAGUGACAGUACAUUUGCUUUCCGAAGUUGCUACUGAGCUGAUAAAAACUAUGGAAGUCUUCAAAGACGAUAAACUCUCUUCCGAGGUAUUGCUCUUAUGCCUGGCAGUUUUGGCUUUACCCGCUAUGAUGAAUAAAUCGAGCUUCAGUAACCUGGAUUUAGCUCAUCUGCUGAUGACAAUUUUGACUACAAAUCAAAAUUCGGGAAUAGAAAGAAAGUUUGUGGAAUUUCUAACUAACAUACCAAGAAAACUGUCUCGAUCAGAUAACGCUAUUAUCGGGAACAGAAAAUAUGUGGAGAAUCUGUUAUCAAUUUUGAGGAAGAAAACGAACACCAGUUCACGAGACGCAACGUUUUAUAAUCUGCUGGCACUGUUGACGAGCCUAACAGAUGAAACUCCCUCAACAUGCACCAAUAUUGUUAAUGCAGGGGGGCUAAGAAUUUUCGCUGAACUGCUCGAGGAUAACGAUCCCAGAUCAAAUAAAGGUGUUCUCAUGAAUUUGGACAAUUUGACGGAGGUACCAGAAAUUUGCUACCACUUCUUGAACGGCAACUCCGGUGCAGUGGAGUGUCUACUAAAAUUUCUGAAUUCAGAUGAAAUACAUAUCAGCUACUGUGCCGCUGCAGUCAUCUCGCAUUUGCUAACAAUUGACUUCAAAGAAUGGGAAAGACUCACGAAGUCGCCUAACCUAAGAAAUAGGGCACUGACAAAUAUGUAUAAUUGCGUGAUGGAAUGGAGUCAAAGGCCAUCAGUUAUAUGUUUCUAUGUCAGUUACAGAUCAUUUAAGCCUUUCUAUCCACUUCUUCAAAGAUACGAUGCGCCACCACUCCAAUUAUUUGCUGUUUGGACCAUAUGGGAGUUUUGUUCGUUUUCAUCUGACACAUAUCAAGAAAUGCUGAUCAAAGAGCAAGGUAUCGACUAUCUUCUUGAACUGAAUCAAAAUCUCUACGUGGAUAAAAAUGUCAAAAAGUUUGCGGAACUCACUAUAAAGUUAAUUCACUUAUUUGGAAAAUAAUUCAAAGAGCAAACAUAAAAAAGAACUACUUUUUUAGCUUUUAAACGGCUGUUAAUUAAUGCCAUGAUUUACAGCAUUGGUUUUCAACAUUUUUGAUGAAACGCAAUCUCAAUGAAAACAUAAAACUAUAGCUAUAUAUAAAUAAACCUAAUACUAGCAAAAAUGAUUAAUAAAGCGUAGCAAUUUUAAUAAAAGUGGCAAACAUAAUAGGUAUCUGAUUAAACGUAUACAAUAUACAUAUAAUAAUAUACUCUCUUUGAUUUAAAUGUAAACUUGCGGAACCCCUGAAUUAUACUGACGGAAGCCUGGUUGAAUAACACUGA